AUGAUUUUACAUUUAUUUUUCUUACACAUUUUUUUAUUAUUAUUUCAAUGGCAAAUUAAAGAAAUAUCUGGAGAAACUAUUAGUGGUUGUACAAUAAAUAAUAAUAAUCGACGAAUAAAUAAUGAUAAAACAUCAGUUACAUUAUCUUGCGCUAAUAAUGGAUAUAUUUUAGUUAGAAAUUUAACAUUUGGUGUACAUAAAACUUCAUCAUUAGCAAUAAAAUCAACUUGUUCAUAUCAACCAGGAGAUUGUACAACAAGAACAACAUAUAUUGGAAUGGAAUGCAAUGGACUUACGACUUGUGAUCUAGAUUUGAAUCCACAAUAUUUACAUAUAUGUAGUCAAUACAGUGAUUACAUGGUACUUGAUUAUUCAUGUUUACAAGGUCAAAGUAUAUCUGUUUGUGAUAAUCGCUUAAUAUCAACAUCAAUAAAUAAAGAACAUCGUUUAUUUCUUCGUAGUCCAAAUUAUCCAUAUGAAUAUGAAAAUUCAUUAAAUUGUUCAUGUCAAAUAAAUACAAAAAAAUCUCAUAUAAAAUUUCUUGAUUUUUAUCUUGAAGAACGUGAUGAAAUGAAUAUAUGUUCACGCGAUCAUUUACAAAUCGAUAAUCGAUCAUAUUGUGGUUCAACUAUUGAUGAAAAUAAUUCAAUAUCAUCAUUAAUUUUUUUUAAUUCAUCAUUUCAAUUAACAUUUAAAACAAAUGAUGUUAUUACACGGAAAGGUUUUUGGUUAACUAUUAAUAGUGAACAACCAUUACAAGUAUCAUGUAAUAAUCUAAUCGAAUUGACUUCUACAACAACAAUAACAACAACAACAACAACAACAACAGCGAUCCCUUAUUCAAUAUCAACUUUCCCUAUUCUUCUGACUGAAUCAUCUCGUUUGAAUAAUAAUAAUAAUAAUAAUAAUAAUAAGCGUCGUCAUACACUUUCAUAUAUUCUUAUAUUAACUAUAGUCUUUGUUGUUAUUCUUUUAUUAUUAAAUCUUAUUUUAAUUAUACUUUGUUGGAGACAACGACGACCAAAAAGAACUAUAGAUUCAAAACCUGAUUGUACAAAUCGACCAUUUUUUUGUGCAAUACGUUCAUCAUCAUCAUCAUCAUCAUCUAUAACAUAUGGUGAAACGCCAGUUUUAACAUCACUUGAUACACAAAAACAACAAACAUUAUCAACAAGAUAUAUUUUUCAACCAAAUCCACAACAUUCAGAUACAACACCAUCAACAUCCACAACAACAGCAACAGGUCCAUAUGAAGAUCUUAAUGAAUCCAUGACAUUACAAAGAUCAUUUCAUAAAGAAAAAUCAUCUGAUAAUCAUUCAAUUUAUAUGCAAUAUCGACCAACAUUUUCUUCUUCGAAUACUGCCUAUAAUCGAAUGAUUCAUUUUCCACCAGCACCUAUUCGUUGUCAUUUUAGUACACCCGUACAAACUUUUUAUCCUCCUCAACCAUUAUUUGAUUCUCAACAUAUUUAUGAAACCAUAAGAGAUGGUCAUUGUCCAUAUCAACAAUUAGCAGCUACACUUCGUCGACAACAACAUCCACAGUGUACAUGUUAUUGUGAACAUAAUGAACAAAUAUAUUCAACUAGAACUCAUAAUAAUGAAAAUUUAAAUACUGUAUCUAAUCCAGAAACACUAGUCUGA